UAUUUUCUUUUUAAUAAGAAUAGCGAGUAAAAAAUACAAAGUUUUUUCUCGACAAUAUGAUCCUUUAAAAUAAGAAGCGAGCAAAGUAUAAAAGGAUAGGGCAGAGGAAGUCAGAAAGGCCAAAUGGAUCCUCCCGGAAACCCGACCCGACGAUCUGGCCCGGCCAACUUACCGGCGCCGACGCGACGACGAACAUUCUCGUCUAUAUCGUCGUGCUCCUCCAGCUCCGUCGUAUUUCCCAGCGACUCUCCCCUGAAUUCUCCGGCGACUCCUCUCCGUCUCCUCGGCGUUCCCUUCUCCUGGGAACAACUUCCCGGCAAACCCAAGGAACCUUAUAUCGUAAACCUCCGCCGCAUGAACAACGAACCCAUCAAUCUAUUGCCUCUCCCUCCUCAUCGGAGUUUUUACUUUCAGACCACCGGAAAACAUCGUCAUCCCAGUUCGCGAAAGAAAAAUAUUACUAAUUCGCCGGUGAAAGAUCCCUUCACGGCGGCCCUUGUGGAGUGUUCUAAAGAAGACGAGGGUGAGGACGAGGACGAAGGUGAUGUGGAUGAGAAUUCUCGGAGGAGGUUCGGUCGGAAAAUGAAUGGCGGAUCGAGCAAGGCCUUGUCGAAGGGUAUUGUCGGGGAAAGAUUCGGGUUAGUGGAUCUAUACGGUUCUUGUAGACGAACUUGUGCCGUCUCGGAGUCCAUUGUUCAUCUGACGAGGUCUUCAGGAGCUUCUUCUUACCAUCAUCUUCCUCAUUGUCGCCGUGGCUGAGUUCCCAGAUUUGAUCCAAUCCUCUAAUUGCUAUAAUUUCCUGGUUUGGUUUGUUUUUUUUCUUUUAUAUGUUCUUUCCAGGUUUUUUUAUUUAUAAAGUAUCAUUUUAUCGGUUUGUAUAUUUCGAUCAUUUAGAUCCGAGAUCGCCGAAAAUACGUGUAAUCUAUAUUACAUAAAUGAUAACUUGUGUAUAAUACAACCGUAUAUUAACCUUAUAUAUGUACGAACGCAUGUAUUGUA